AUGAACAAUACACCACAAAACACUGUUGAAAGUCAAGUAAUUGAUAUUAAUGAAAUGCCACCAACAAUGAUAAGACCAAGUAAUCCACUAAUAGAACAAGCAGCACCUAAGAAAACAAGAAAUCAAAAAGAUAAAAUGAAUCAAUAUAUUAAAAGACAAGUGGUUGAUAAUCCAAAUGAUAUUAUGGAAGAUAUUAUUUCAGAGAAUAAACGAUUAAGAAAAGAAUUAGAGAAAAUAAGAAAUUUAUAUAUUCAAGAAAUGAAAACAAAUGAAGAAAUAAGAAAUGGACUAUUAGAACAAAGACUAGAAUUUAUGGAAUUUGAUAAUUUUGAAUAUGAUGAUAUAAAUGAUUAUAGAGAAGAAGAAGAAGAUGAUGAUAUUGGAGAAGAAGAAAUAGAUAAAGAAAUUAAAGAAAGAUUAAGUAAUAUUAAAGGAGAGAAUCAAAUUAAAAGAGUUCAUCGACAAAUAUUCUUUUAUUAUAAUAGUUUUAAUAUUAUUAUAGGGAAA